CCGCCGCCGCGGAACCCGCCGUGUCCUCAGCCGGGCGUAGAAGAGGCGGGAGCCGAGCGGAGGGGAUCCCUCCCGGCCCCCCUCCACGCCCCGCGGAAGAGCGCAGCCAGCCCGCACGAUGGGCGCCCCGCCCGCCCAGGCCGUCCCCGCGCCGCCCCCGAGCACCUGCGCGCCCCGGCCGGGCCCCGGGCUCUGAGCGCGCCGCGGUACAGGAUUCUGCCUCAGAAACACAUAAAAUAGAUUACUCGUUCUAAAACAGAAAACAGUGGCAACGUUUUGCUGAGUUUCCAGACCUUUCCCAAGAUGGAACCAAUAACAUUCACAGCGAGGAAGCAUCUGUUUCCUCACGAGGCCUCCGUGGACUUCAGCCUGCAGCUGGUGGGCUCCUUGCGUGUGCACUCUCUGACCACCAUGCCGAUGCUGCCCUGGGCCGUGGCGGAGGUGCGCAGGCUCAGUGGGCAGUCCUCCAAAAAGGAGCCUGGUGCCAGGCAAGUCCGGCUUUGUGUUUCCCCCUCUGGACUGAGAUGUGACUCCGAGCCGGGGAAGAGUCAACAGUGGGAUCCGCUGAUAUGUUCCAGCAUCUUCGAGUGUAAGCCCCAGCAUGCUCACAAACUGAUUCACAACAGUCACGAUCCAAGUUACUUUGCUUGUCUGAUUAAGGACAAUGCAGCCAGUCAGCAGAGUAUCUGCUAUGUGUUCAAAGCCGACGAUCAAACAAAAGUGCCUGAGAUCAUCAGCUCCAUCCGCCAGGCCGGGAAGAUUGCCCGGCAGGAGGAGCUCCAUUGCCCGUCCGAGUUUGAUGACACGUUUGCCAAGAAGUUUGAGGUGCUCUUCUGUGGCCGGGUGACGGUGGCUCACAAGAAGGCCCCUCCGGCCCUGAUCGACGAGUGCAUUGAGAAGUUCAACCACGUCAGUUGCAGCAGGAAAGCCGAAUUUGACUUGGUCUCCCAGAAUUCUGAAACCCCAAAUCCCGCGGGAGGCCUUUCCUUCACGGAGAAGUUCCGAUCUGUGCUCCAGCCAGCGGGGAACGGCGAGCAGGGCCGGAGGCCGAUGCGCAAAUCCUUCUCCCAGCCCGGGCUGCGCUCGUUGGCCUUUAAGAAGGAGUUUCAAGAUGGAAGCCUUCGCAGUAGUAGUUUUUUCAGCUCCUUUGAGGAAAACGACAUUGAGAACCACCUCCUUAGCGGACACAAUAUUGUGCAGCCGACAGAUAUUGAGGAAAAUCGAACUAUGCUCUUCACGAUUGGCCAAUCUGAAGUUUACCUCAUCAGUCCUGACACCAAAAAAAUAGCAUUGGAGAAAAAUUUUAAGGAGAUAUCCUUUUGCUCUCAGGGUAUCAGACACGUGGACCACUUUGGGUUUAUCUGCCGAGAGUCUUCAGGGGGCGGAGGCUUUCAUUUCGUCUGUUACGUGUUUCAGUGCACCAAUGAAGCUCUGGUUGAUGAAAUCAUGAUGACCCUGAAGCAGGCAUUCACCGUGGCUGCCGUGCAGCAGACAGCAAAGGCACCUGCCCAGCUGUGUGAGGGCUGCCCCCUGCAGGGCCUGCACAAGCUCUGUGAGCGGAUAGAGGGAAUGAAUUCUUCCAAAACCAAACUAGAACUCCAGAAGCACCUGACAACAUUAACUAAUCAGGAGCAAGCAACUAUUUUUGAAGAGGUUCAGAAAUCGAGACCAAGAAGUGAACAGCGAGAGAAUGAAUUGAUUAUUUCUUUCCUGAGAUGUUUAUAUGAAGAGAAACAAAAAGGUCACAUCCAUAUUGGGGAGAUAAAGCAGACCUCACAGAUUGCAGCAGAGAAUAUUGGAAGUGAGUUACCACCAAGUGCCACUCGAUUUAGACUAGAUAUGCUGAAAAAUAAAGCCAAGAGAUCUUUAACGGAGUCUUUAGAAAGUAUUUUAUCCCGGGGUAGUAAAGCCAGAGGCCUCCAGGAACACUCCUCCAGUCUGGAUCUGGACAGCUCCAUGUCUAGCACUUUAAGUAACACGAGCAAAGAGCCGUCCGUGUGUGAGAAAGAGGCCCUGCCCGCCUCCGAGAGCUCCUUCAGGCUCCUCGGCUCCUCGGAUGACCUGUCCAGUGACCCGGAGAGCCAGCCCGCAGAAGAGCCUGCCCCACUGUCACCCCAGCAGAGCUUCCGCAGGCGCGCCAACACCCUGAGUCAUUUCCCCGUGGAGUGCCUGGAGCCUCCGGAACCGGCUCAGGGGUCUCCGGGGGCCUCCCAAAGGAAACUUACGAGGUACCACUCAGUGAGCACAGAGACGCCUCAUGACCGGAAUGUGAAUCAUCCACCUGUGGGCGAGUCUAAAAGUUGCUCAGGUCAGUCUUCAGCUCCUGCUCUUCCACCUCGUCUUAACCCCUCCGCCUCCUCGCCAAAUUUUUUUAAGUACCUAAAGCAUAGCUCAAGUGGAGAACAAAGUGGGAAUGCUGUGCCGAAGAGCGUCUCCUACCGUAAUGCCCUGCGGAAAAAACUUCAUUCUUCUUCCUCUGUGCCAAAUUUUCUAAAAUUUCUGGCUCCUGUAGAUGAAAAUAACACCUCUGACUUUAUGAACACGAAAAGGGACUUUGACUCCAAAGCUAACCACCUUGGCGAUGCCAGCAGGACCCCCGUGAAGACACGGAGACACUCGUGGAGGCAGCAGAUAUUCCUCCGAGUGGCAACCCCACAGAAAGUGUGCGACUCUCCCAGCAGAUAUGAAGAUUACUCAGAACUGGGAGAGCUUCCACCACGAUCUCCUUUAGAACCAGUUUGUGAAGAUGGACCCUUCGGCCCCGUCCCAGAGGAGAAGAAAAGGACAUCUCGCGAGCUUCGAGAGUUAUGGCAAAAGGCUAUUUUACAACAGAUACUGCUCCUCAGAAUGGAGAAGGAAAAUCAGAAGCUGCAAGCCUCUGAAAAUGAUUUGCUGAACAAGCGCCUAAAGCUCGAUUAUGAAGAAAUCACUCCUUGUCUCAAAGAAGUAACCACAGUUUGGGAAAAGAUGCUUAGCACCCCAGGAAGAUCAAAAAUUAAGUUUGACAUGGAGAAAAUGCAUUCGGCUGUUGGUCAAGGUGUGCCACGUCAUCUCCGGGGGGAAAUCUGGAAAUUCCUAGCAGAGCAAUACCGCCUUCAACACCAGUUUCCCAGCAAACAGCGACCAAAGGACACGCCGUACAAAGAACUCUUAAAACGGCUCACCUCCCAACAGCAUGCGAUUCUUAUCGACCUUGGGCGAACCUUCCCGACACAUCCGUACUUCUCGGCCCAGCUUGGGGCGGGGCAGCUGUCACUCUACAACAUUCUGAAGGCCUACUCGCUUCUAGACCAGGAGGUGGGGUACUGCCAAGGCCUCAGCUUUGUAGCGGGCAUCUUGCUGCUUCACAUGGGUGAGGAGGAGGCAUUUAACAUGCUCAAGUUUCUGAUGUUUGAAAUGGGACUGCGGAAACAGUAUCGGCCGGACAUGAUUAUUUUACAGAUCCAGAUGUACCAGCUCUCAAGGCUUCUUCACGAUUACCACAGAGACCUCUACAAUCACCUCGAGGAGCACGAAAUCGGCCCCAGCCUCUACGCCGCGCCCUGGUUUCUCACCGUGUUUGCCUCCCAGUUCCCACUGGGAUUUGUAGCCAGAGUCUUUGAUAUGAUCUUUCUUCAGGGAUCAGAGGUCAUAUUUAAAGUGGCAUUAAGUCUGUUGGGAAGCCAUAAGCCCUUGAUUCUGCAACAUGAAAACCUAGAAACCAUAGUUGACUUUAUAAAAAACACCCUUCCCAACCUGGGCUUGGUGCAAAUGGAAAAGACCAUCAGUCAGCAGGUGUUUGAGAUGGAUAUCUCUAAACAAUUACAAGCCUAUGAAGUUGAGUACCACGUGCUUCAAGAAGAACUUAUCGAUUCCUCUCCUCUCAGUGACAACCAAAGAAUGGACAAAUUAGAGAAGACCAACAGCAGCUUGCGCAAACAGAACCUUGACCUCCUUGAACAGCUGCAGGUGGCAAAUGGUAGGAUCCAGAGCCUGGAAGCCACCGUUGAGAAGCUUCUGGCCAGUGAGAGCAAGCUGAAGCAGGCCACCCUUGCCUUGGAGCUGGAGCGAUCAGCCCUGCUGCAGACGGUGCAGGAGCUCCGGGGGCAGAUGACAGCAGAGCCGCGCGGGCCGGAGCCUGACCUCACGGGACCCGGGCCCACGGGCGACUGACGGCGGAGGAGACGGCUCCGGGGGAGACUCGGCGGCCCCGUCCUAGCACUGUCCAGGCCUUAACUGAGAGGGACAGAGGAUGCCAGAGGAGGAGAACAAGGCAUGACGCGUGCUUCUCAGGGAGGACGCUGGCUUGCCAGCAUGCAGACUUCGGAACUAGAACUUGCAAGUCAUGGGGACGGAGGUCCCAGUGUUUUUGUUGUUGUUUAGGUUGCAGUUCGCCCCUUCUUUAGGCCCUCUCACUGUACCAAUAGGUUUAGGUGGCAUGGAUGUGAAUAAACGCACCUUCAUGUUUCCUUGUGGUUUCCUUCUUCAGCAGCACUGUGCUUGCAAAGGUCAGUUAGUCCUGUGGAAGUGCAAGGGCCGGGAGGGCUCUAGAUGAGUCCUCUGGCCAGAUGUGGGUCCAUUGCUCUUCCACGGCGGGUUUGUGGGACCACAUCCGCUGGUCCCCAGCAGGCCAUGCAGCCUGCCCCUGUCUGUUUUGGCCACGGAAGCCCCAGAGAACCAUUAGGACAUCUUGAAUUUAGCACUCUCCUGGGUAUUUACUGAAGUUUGUCUUUUUUAAAAAAAUAGUUUUCAUUUUUUACUUGGUCCUUAAGUAUCAAUCAAAGUCAUUGUAGAUAAAUGUUUUAUGGGUGAAUCACCAGUUUUUAGGCUCAAACCAAGUGUUGCUAGUGAGCGACCUGCAUUUUUAGACUCUGAGAUGUUUAUUUCUUUGUGGGUUUUCGUCACCCUCUUAGAGCCGGGUAUUUCUUUUUGCUGUUGUGUGAUGCAAAGCAGCUGUGAGUCCCUUUGAGUGUCCACCCUCGGGAGUUGUGUUCCCUACGGAAGUAGCCAGGUGCAUCAGGAUUGUCAUGGGUCAUGGGUGCCAGAGAUCCUGACUUUGGAAAAAGCCAUCAGCCUGAAAUCGCAAUCAGAUAGAUGGCAGUUGAGCGCAGUUUUUCAGAGCUGGGAAGUGUGUUCUGAACAUUACUCACACCACGGAGACCCCUUCCCUCGGGAGGAUGAGAACCCUGGGCCUUCAACAAGCAGAGAGCCGCUGGUGGCUGGCGUGGCCUCGUCGGGGCCCCGGUGAGGCCUCUGCACGAGCGCUCUCCGGAUGGGCCCUUUCUGACAGCAGGAUCGCUCUGGCCUUCGUCAUGGUAGUCCACCCUAGUCCACAGGGCCUUCUUGUGACCCUCUCAGCAGUAGGCAUCUCUUUCAGCCUGAGGUCAAAGGAAGGAUUUUCACACUGGAAGUCGUCGCAGGUCUCCCCAGACAUGUCCAAGGGUGACAAACGCGCUCUCCCCGGUGCCUCACGGUUGGCCAACAUCUGGGGCUCUCCUGGACCCCGUGUCGGAGGGUAGCGGUUCUCCUCACGAAUCAAGAUGACCAGUGCAGUAGCCUCCAUCCCGAGUUGUUCCACCAGAUAGAGGAGUUAACAUUUGAGGGCUUCUUUCCACCUAUUUUGCUGUUUGAAUGUUUAAUAAUGUUGAAUUUUGGACAUCUUAUUACCAUUACUCAGAAAACAUGGACUCUGCAUUAAAUAAUAAAUGAGACAGCAAUAAAUCUGUGCCCACA